AUGCCGACAGUUCACCUCUUGGACUACGUUGCUGGCAACAUCCGAUCGCUGGUCAAUGCCAUUGAGAAGGUCGGCUACCAGGUCGAAUGGAUCAAGUCGCCCGAAGAUGUGUCAAAGGCAGAGAAACUCAUCCUCCCCGGAGUAGGCCACUUUGGUCACUGUCUCUCUCAAUUCAACAAUUCUGGCUAUGUCGAACCCAUCAAGAAGCACAUCGCCGCCGGUAAGCCCUUCAUGGGCGUCUGUGUCGGCCUGCAAGCCCUGUUCGAAGGCUCAGAAGAGAACUCAACUGUCCCUGGUCUGGGUCUGAUUCCCGGUCGCCUUGAAAGAUUUGACGACUCGGACAAGAGUGUGCCUCACAUUGGCUGGAACUCGGCCAACCCUGCCUCUACCCAAGGCCUCGAUGCCAACCAGAGCCUGUACGGCAUGCGUCCCGACAGCAAAUACUACUACGUCCACUCAUACGCGAAAAUGUACGAGCCUGGUGUUCUUGAGAAGGCCGGCUGGUCGGUAGCUACUGCCCGCUACGGCAACCAGGAGUUCGUUGGUGCUGUCGCAAAAGACAAUGUCCUGGUCACUCAAUUCCACCCUGAGAAGAGUGGUGCUGCCGGCCUGCGCGUCCUCAAGGCUUUCCUGAAUGGCGACCGCCUCACCACAUUGCCGCAAACACCUGAAGCCUCAACUACAAAAGAAGGUCUGACUCGCCGCAUCAUUGCCUGCCUCGACGUCCGCACAAACGACCAGGGCGAUCUCGUCGUCACAAAAGGUGACCAAUACGAUGUUCGCGAGAAAGAGGAGGGCGCUGCCGUACGCAACCUCGGCAAGCCAGUCUCUAUGGCACAGAAAUACUACGAACAAGGCGCCGACGAAGUCACCUUCCUCAACAUCACCUCGUUCCGUGAGACUCCUCUCAAGGACCAGCCCAUGCUCGAAAUCCUUCGCCAGGCCUCAUCCACAGUCUUCGUCCCUCUCACAAUCGGCGGUGGCAUCCGCGACACAAAAGACCCAGAAACGAACACCGUCGUCCCUGCCCUCGAAGUCGCAACCCUCUAUUUCAAGUCCGGCGCCGACAAAGUAAGCAUUGGCUCCGACGCCGUCACCGCCGCCCAAGAAUACUACGCCAACAACAGCACACUCUCCGGGAAGACCGCCAUCGAGACAAUCAGCAAAGCCUACGGUGUCCAAGCCGUCGUCGUCUCUGUCGACCCCCGCAGAAUCUACGUCAAAGACCCCUCAGAAACCUUUCACGCAACAAUCAAAACACCCUACCCAGGCCCCAACGGCGAAGAGUAUUGUUGGUACGCAUGUACCAUCCACGGCGGUCGCACCACCUCCGACCUCGACGUGAUUCAACUCUGCACAGCCGUCGAAGCAAUGGGCUGUGGAGAAAUCCUACUCAACUGCAUUGACAAGGACGGCACAAACUCUGGCUUUGAUCUCGAGUUGAUCCGUUCUGUCAAGAAUGCUAUCAAGAUCCCUGUUAUUGCGUCGAGUGGAGCUGGUAACCCCGGCCACUUCAAAGAGGUGUUUGAUCAGACUACUGUGGAUGCUGCGCUGGGUGCUGGUAUGUUCCACCGUGGCGAGUACACGGUUAGACAGGUCAAGGAGGUGUUGGAGAAGGAUGGUUUGCUGGUCAGAAAGUUCGAGGAUGAGAUUUGA